AGCGGAUGAUGAGAUGGCAAUACACGCAACAAAGCAAAAUCUUCAGAGAUAGCCAAAAAAGAAAUGAAGAUGCUUCCCCUUUUCCUGGUCUUUCUUGCCUGCCCUUUUUUCUUCGGCACUCAUGCUGCAACCUCAACUUCAGUAGACAGGGCCACAUAUAUUGUUCAUAUGGACAAGUCUCUGAUGCCCAAAACCUUCAGUACCUAUAAAGAUUGGUACUCCUCAACAUGUGAUUCCCUCGAAUCUACCAAAAACAAUCACGUCUCCUCAUCACACGAUGAUCAUAUAAAUCUCCCACCAUCAUUUGUCUACUCUUAUGAUAACGUUGCUCAUGGUUUUGCUGCUGUUUUAUCUUCUACUCAACUUCAAACUCUUAGAAAUUCCCCGGGUUUUGUUUCUGCUUACACAGACAAGAUGGCCACAAUGGACACCACCCACACUUACCAAUUUCUUUCCCUCAAUCCAUUCACCGGCCUAUGGCCUGCUUCCAAAUUCGGUGAAGAUAUUAUUAUUGGAGUCAUCGACAGUGGCGUCUGGCCGGAGAGCAAGAGCUACAGAGAUGAUGGUAUGACUGCAGUACCUUCCAGAUGGAAGGGAAUUUGUGAAGAAGGAGAACAGUUCAAUUCCUCCAUGUGCAAUUCAAAGCUGAUUGGAGCUAGAUAUUUCAACAAAGGUGUUUUAGCUGCUAAUCCUGGGAUUAAAAUUGUAAUGAACUCUCCAAGGGACAUUGGUGGGCACGGGACCCACACUUCCUCCACAGCUGCAGGGAACUAUGUUGAAGAUGCAACAUUCUUUGGCUAUGCUACAGGCACAGCCAGAGGUAUGGCACCACGAGCUAGAGUAGCCAUGUAUAAGGUCCUGUGGAGAGAGGGUCGCUAUGCCUCUGAUGUUCUUGCUGGUAUGGACCAAGCUGUUGCUGAUGGUGUUGAUGUGAUUUCUAUCUCCAUGGGCUUCGAUCAAGUUCCACUAUAUGAGGAUCCUAUUGCCAUAGCCUCAUUUGCAGCAAUGGAAAGGGGAGUUGUAGUCUCAUCUUCAGCAGGAAAUGAAGGGCCAGAUCUUGGGACCUUGCAUAAUGGUAUUCCAUGGCUAUUGACUGUUGCUGCAGGGACUAUUGAUCGCUCAUUUGCUGGGACUUUAACUCUAGGCAAUGGCCAAACCAUCAUUGGAUGGACUUUGUUCCCAGCUAAUGCGUUGGUUAAUAAUCUACCGCUGGUUUACAACAAGACCUUUUCAAAAUGCAACUCCACUGAGCUGUUAUCUCAAGCUCGGUUUGGCAUCAUCUUGUGUGACGAUAUUGGGGUUGUUUUUGAUCAAAUAAAUGCUAUUGCAGCCUCUCCAAAUGUGGCUGCUGCUAUUUUCAUUUCAAAUGAUCCAACUUUGUUUGAAUUAGGUGGUGUUUAUAGUCCUUCCGUUGUGAUUAGCUCUCGUGAUGCACCGGCAGUCAUUAAAUAUGCCACAACUGAUGAGAAUCCUUCCGCUAGCAUGAAGUUCCAGCAAACCAUUCUGGGCACAAAGCCUGCGCCGGCUGCAGCUUCUUACACUUCGAGAGGACCCUCACCGAGCUAUCCUUACAUUUUGAAGCCGGAUAUAAUGGCACCUGGUUCUUUAGUUUUGGCAUCUUGGGUUCCAAAUGGCUAUUCAGCUCAAAUUGGGUUGAACAUAUACUUGUCUAGUGAUUUCAAUAUGGUCUCUGGCACAUCGAUGGCUUGUCCUCAUGCUUCUGGCCUGGCUGCGCUCCUGAAAGGUGCUCACCCUGAAUGGAGUCCUGCAGCUAUUCGGUCUGCCAUGAUGACCACUGCAAACCCAUUAGAUAACACUGAAAAUCCAAUCAUAGACAACGGUGCUGAAAAGUUCGCAUACGCAUCUCCUUUAGCUAUGGGAGCUGGCCAAAUUGAUCCUAAUCGAGCACUGGACCCAGGUCUGAUUUAUGAUGCCACCCCACAAGACUACGUAAAUCUCCUAUGCUCCAUGAAUUACACAAAAAAUCAAAUUUUGGCUAUUACAAGAUCAAACAGUUACAAUUGUUCAAACCCAUCUCCUGAUCUCAAUUACCCAUCCUUUAUCGCUUUGUAUGAUAACAAAACAAGAUCAGUGUUGGUCCAGAAGUUUCAGAGGACAGUAACAAAUGUGGGAGAAAAUGCGGCAACUUAUAACGCUAAGGUCACUGCACCAAAGGGUUCGAUAAUUACCAUCUCACCAACGACCUUGGUGUUUGGUAAAAUAUAUGAAAAGCAAAGCUAUAGUCUUACUAUAAAGUACAAAGGGGACAAGAAAAUGAGUGUCCAGUUUGGUUCCCUUGUUUGGACAGAAGAGAAUGGGUUUCACACUGUUAGGAGCCCCAUUGCAAUUUCCCCUCUGGUAAUUGCUUGAGGAGUUGUCAGCAUUAUUGUUUAAUGUAUCGGCAAACCAAUGAACCUUAUGUGUAAUAUCAAAACAAACUGUUUACUAUAAAUAAUUUCUCUAACUAGUUUAUUGGAUGUCAA